AUGAAUUUGAAAAUUCUCCCCCUGUUUAUAUUCCCAUUUCUUCCACGGGAUGAGGCAAAAAGGACAGAAAAUGAAAAGUUCUUUUUGGGUAAGAAGCAGGGGUUGUUAUUCCCCCCCCAGAGUCUGCACAGCAUAGCGAAAAGGGGAAAAAUCAGACGCUACCUCUUUAUAGGGAGAAAUAAAGAGGAGAGUAAUGGUCCCCCAAAUGUGAGGAAAAAUACACCCACAAAUAUUGCCACGUUAAAAAAUGAUGGUCCUCACAUGAAGGAGCAAUUAGGGGGUGUAAAAAACCGGAUAAUUAAUUUUUUCAGGAGAGAAAAAACCAUGAUCGAUAAGAUAAAAAAUUUAAAUGAGGAGGAGAGUCUUUGGUUUGUCACUGGGUAUGCCAAAAAUCUGUUCAAUGAAUGUUCGCAUCAUCACAUUAUCGGUUUCGAGCACAUAAAGGAGGUGGGCUUGAAGACACUGGCUCGUUUUAAUAGGGUUCCCCCUUUGGACAGUUUGCUGCCCGGGGAUGGCGCGCGGAAGGGCAACUAUUUGGUGGCCGCCGCCUACAGGGUGGACAAGCGCGUGGUGUUUUACAAAAGUGGGCAGUCUGCGCCGAUGGGGGGGGCGGGGAGUGUAGCGGCCUCUCCCAAGGAUUCUGCCACCUCCAUUUUGGGAAGCAUUUCUGGGAGCUCCGCAAGACCCACCACGGGACCCGCUGCUGAAACCACCGCUGGACCCACCGCGGACCCCCGCGUGAACCAGAACUACAUCCUCUGCUCCUACACAUAUUUCAUAUUCUAUGUGUACGAUAAGGAAGGGAAAAAAUUCUACAUAUGCACAAGGGACAUGAACGAUGAGUGCUCCCUUUACGAAAUGAACGAACUGGAGAAGGAAGACCUGUACCAUUUUCUGCACAAUUACGUGUCCAGCAAAAAGGACCUGACAAAUUUGCAUGUGGUCUCUUUGAUUAAGAAGAACAGAGCGGCUAAACGCGCGACAGAAGAUGCCUCCACCGAGGAACUUUUAAAUGUGCACAAUUACACAAAUAAAUUUAAUUCGUAUUUGAAAAGGCUAUUCAACGUGUGCCACAAUUCUGACAUCCUCCUGGAAAAUCGAAUGAACAGAAAAUAUGAACAGCCAAACAUUACCUUCAUUUUUGGAAACACCAAUUUUUUAUUUAAAAAUAAAACCUACUUGGAAAGUUUAAAAAGUUUUUUUCUUAAAAAUGAUCAGCAGAAAAAUCUGUUCGAACUGAUUUUUAAGGAUAACAAGGGGUACAAGUUUUACGUGCAGAAUGACGUCACGGAUAAGUCAUCCUACGUGCUCAGGUGCACCAAAAUUAGCAAAAAAAAAUUUGACAUGGUGUGCAAAAAAUUGCGCACAUUUUAUGAAUAUAAAAGCUGUAAUGCAAAGGGGAAGGAAGGGGAGGACCCCUUCUUUGUCUACGCGAAAAUUUUAUUUGACAGUUAUGCGAACGAUUUGGCUAGUAAUGAAAAAAAGAAAAUUUUCCGUGGAGAGGAAAAUUUCGCCCACAGGAGCGUUUACAUAAACAUCGGCUCAAACGAUCAUUUUGUAGACGGAGAGGACAUCUCAUUUGGCACCGCUGACGAAGGUCUGUUGUUCACCUUGACAAAGAAUUUCCUGGACAGCUUAGUUUCGUGCGUGCAUGUGUGA